UUUAAGCUGAUUCUGUCACUCUCUUGCACACUUUCUCUCUUGACCCUCAUCUCAGUUGUUCUGUCACACCAGAGAAGACGUUGAAGAAUGUCCAGAUUGUGUUUAAUCCUGGUUCUGCUUAAUAACACCUUUAAGGCACAGAGCGAUGACAUCGGUCAUUCAAUUUCUUUUCAGUAUGCUCAGCUUGGAGAUAACGUGACUCUGAAAUGCUUUUAUCCAGAAAUAAUUUCUUAUGUUUCAUGGUACAAACAAACUGCAGGACAGAAGCCUCAACAUAUAUCAAGUAUUUUCAGAUAUAAUGUUGAAGCAACAUUUCACAAUGAUUUCAAGGACAACCAUCGGUUUACAGUUCCUGGUGGGAAAGGUGUGUUCCACCUCAGGAUCUCAAACUUCCAGCCGUCUGAUUCAGCCAUGUAUUACUGUGGGGCAUUGAGGGGCAAUUUCAUUGAGUUUUCGGUUGGAAUAUUUCUCAUUCUAAAAGGAUCCAGCAAGACUGUUGUACAGCAACCUGUUUCUGAGUCAGUUCUGCCAGGAGACUCUGUGACUCUGAACUGUACAAUAAACACUGAGACCUGUGAAGGAGAACACAGUGUCUAUUGGUUCAGACAUGACUCAGGAGAAUCUUCUCCAGGAAUCUUUUACACCAACGGAGACAGGAGUGGUCAGUGUAUGAAGAGCCCUGAGUCUGGGUCUCCUACACAGAGCUGUGUCUACAACCUCCCCAAGAGGAACCUCAGCAUCUCUGAUACUGGGACUUACUACUGUGCUGUGGCCUCAUGUGGAGAGAUACUGUUUGGGAAUGGGACAAAGCUGGAUGUUGGAGGCUGUAAGGGGGACCAUCUUCUAUUGUUGUACUGCCUGAUAACAGCGCUGGUUCUGUGUGUCGUCCUCAUCGUUGUUCUUACUUGUGUUCUAUACAAGAUCAGCAGGUCCAUUGGGAUGCACCCUCAACCAAGUGAUCCAGCAGACCCCAGUCAUAAUCAGGAUCAACAUAUGGACAGUCUCCAUUACGCUGCUCUGAAUGUUGUCCACAAGCAGAAGGCCAGUAGACAGAAGAGUGCCAUAGAGAGAGACACUGUAUACUCUGGAGUGAAAUGAAGAAACAUGAACUCAACUGAGUUGUGGUAUCAUAAAUGCUAAAACGUUUAAUUUAGAUAUAACAUGAAUAAAAUAUUCACAAU